AUGCUCUCAUCUUUUGUGCCCAAAGAAACUCUCAGCUCGGAUUCUCAAACAAAGAAAUUGGUUUUACUUGGAACCAUCGAUGACAAGGAUGCGAUUCUUCAGCUCGAGAAAACCCACUUUAGCAGUGAUAUACUACCGAUAUCUUCGUUUAACUUAGAUGCACAUAAUGACGUGUACUAUUGGGGAAUGAACUCAUUGAGACAGGACUUGGAAAAGAAUCCUGCAUGCAAAUUUAACUUGAUUUAUCCGGCAUCUGAGACUCAUAUUGCAAAAUAUAAGAAGCAUCCUACUCAUAUGAUAGUGGAGACCCCUGAAAUGUACUCUACCAUAGUGAAGCCUUAUAUAGAAACCCAAAAAGGGGACCGUAUGCAAUGGGUUCGCAAUAUUCUACACCAUGGAGCAGAGAAGGAGCGUGUUGUUUUUCAGAAUCAGGACUAUACCAUUCUACCGGACAUGAAAUGGGAUGGAAGAACAAUGGAAUCCUUAUAUUUGGUAUGCAUAGUGAAUCGAGAUGAUAUUGCCUCAGUUAGAGACCUACGCUCAGAGGACGUUCCGUUUUUGGAAAGAGUUCAGAAGAGUAUUUUGCACCAAGUGCCUACGAAAUAUGGGAUUUCCAGCGAUCAAUUAAGGCUUUAUAUACAUUACCAGCCAUCGUUUUAUCACUUCCAUAUCCACGUUGUCAAUGCAGACUAUACAGGAGUAGGCCAUAGUAUUUUGGCAGGUAAGGCAAUUUUGUUGGGAGAAGUUAUAGAGACUUUGAAAUUACUAAAAGGAGGAUAUAGUGAGAAGACUAUAGUGUAUGAGAUGAGUGAAUCGCACGAUUUAUGGGGUCAGAUGAAGCUUUAA